AUGAAAAGUGAUGAUCAAGUGGACAUGAUUAAAUUCAAUUAUGUAUGGACUACGCGAGUGUUUGUACGCAAUUUAAGCCCUACAGAAACAGUUAUUUUGCAAGUAUCACCUAAAUUUGCGACGGUCUACGAUGGACUUUCUUUUCAGUGGUCUCUUAAAAUGCAUGGUAGUACCUAUCUGAAAGCGUUAAACGAAGAGUUAGAUACGUUAAGUUACGAUGAAGCAGAUCGAGUCUACAAUGCUAUAGCUUUAUCGUUAUACUUCAACGACGGACCAGUUCCAGUUGUUGAUUUGUGCGCUACAGUAAAUGUGGUCAAUGAAAGAUGCAACAGCGAUGAUGAAUUUUCGAAGAACUUCAUUAAUGAUGGUAAAUCUAUCACUAUGCAACGAGGACGAGAAACGGAGCUAUCAGUCAGCGAUCGUGCUUCUUUUUCACAAUAUAUAAAGGCGAAUAUCGGUCGUGUUGUUCGUUUCGCGUUGUUUUUGGAUAUGCCAGCAAAACUGUUUAAUCCAGAAUCCUAUUUGAAUACUCACACACCUACGCCAUAUAUUUCAUUUUUAACUGCAAAUUAUCGCGCAAGAGCAUCAUCGAAAGUUUUUCGAAGAAAGUCUCGGAAGUACGCUAUUCCAUCAAUUCUUUGCCAAAAAUUAUUUAGUCAAACAAGAUCGAAUCAAAAUCGAAUCUGUAAAUUUUCUAGCUGUAAAACAGAAAUUUUUAUGCAAAAUAAGAAAUUAAAUUGGUCGAAAAGCUUGCCGAAUGAUUCAGAUCAUAAUGGAACUAUUUCAGAAAGCCAAAAGAAUGAUUAUAUUGCUAUUUUCAAUAGAGUAAUGGAGCAAGAACGUGAGCAAUUGGAGCAAUAUAGGGAAUGUGAGAAUCAUGAAGAAAUGAAGCAUGAGAAUGAAUGUGAAUGUGAUGAAUUAGGAAUUGGUCUUCAUGCUGGACUUGCAAAUUCCCAUUUAUUCAAAAAACUGUUAAUAGCAUGUUGUGAAGGUUGUGAAAAGCGAGCUUCAUUAACGAUUUCAGAAAAGGAAGAAUCUGAUGAUUCGGAUGAUGAAAAUGCUUUCGAAUGUGCUGAGGAAAAUAAGGAAAAGAUUCAUGAUUUAUUAGCUAAUAUGUAUUUUAAUAAAAUCGUAUUGCCUGAGAUGGAAUUUGUCGAAGAUUUUGCGGAUUUCCUUAUCGAUGCCGAACUUAACGAUUUACCCGUUCUUAAACGAGCGUGUGAAAGAUAUCUAUGUGGCGAACUUAAUAACAAAAAGGACCUUAUAACUUCACUACUACUCGAUUUGUUAUUUCUUGCUAUUGUUUUCAAUUUACCAGUAAUGAAAUCGAUGACAUUGGCAGAACUCUCAUCACGAACCGACGAAUUAGUGAAUGUUGAAGAACUUUUGAAACAAGAUGAAUACAGGUAA